AAAAUGUGUAGACUAUCUCUCUAAACUAUAGUUUCCUGCAACAGGUAGCCGUGAGAGAUGAGCUGCUGUCAUGGGUCUGUACCCCAGGAGGUUCGGCCUGGUACAGCACGGGUCCUAGUGACUGAUCUAAGUGGAUCAGGCCUUGUCAACCCAACUCCUGCCACAAAAGCCUGUGAAGACUCAGAGACAGCAGUGGAGCUUUACCUCUCUCCAGAGAGGCUGAAAAUGCUGUGUGGAACUCGGGACCUCUCUCAUGUGACCUCGCUGGAGAUCUGCGUAGACACACAAGAAAACACACUGGGUAACUUUGGUGCCUUCUUGCCUAAACUGGCACAGCUGAAAAUGAACAAAAGCAUGAUCAUGUCAGUGAGAGACCUGGGAACCACCCUUUCCCACCUGCAGGUGCUGUGGAUGUCUCACUGCUGCCUACAAGACCUAGAUGGCAUUUCUACUUUUUCUUCUCUUAAGGAGUUGUACGUGGCCUAUAACACUGUGUCAGACCUGAGUCAGGUUGGCAUGCUGGAGAACCUGCAGCUGUUAGAUCUGGAGGGGAAUGAUGUGGAUGACUUAGUCCAGGUCCAGUAUCUGGGAUUGUGUGGCAAACUCCAGACACUCACGCUGGAGGGAAAUCCUGUGUGUGUGCAACCGAACCCCACGGCUACUCAGACUGCAGACUAUAGAUAUCGGGCUGCAGUGAGGGAGUUAGUCCCUCAGCUACAUUACCUAGACGAUGUAAGGGUGGAGGAGGAUGGGCUGAGCUGCAGCAGCACCAUGGGAGAAGACUGGGCCAUUCUCCGAAACUCCAUCAGAGACCGCAACUCCUCUCAGGGUGCUACUGAAGACGGGGAGACAGCAGACAGUGUGUGUCCUUAUAGCAGACCCAGUUCAGCCAGGCGCCCUGCUUCCAGCCGCUCCUGUGUCUGGCCGCUCUUGUCAGCGGGCUCCAGACCCCACACUGGCUCCAGACCUAUGUCACUAACCAGGCCUGGAGUUCUGUCCCCUCCUGGAUCCAGACCAGGUUCUGCAGACUCAGAUCUAGCAGCAGUGGAAGCAGAAACCAGCAUCAUGACACAUGGAGCUGGUAAGAUCCUGUUCUGUGGAAACCCAGUCCAGGCUAUUCGAGCGAGGCGAGAGAAGCUGAGGACGGCACCAACCAGGACUAUUUUCACCCCCUGUGACCUGCCCAUCCAUAUACCAGAGCACACGUACGACCUUGAGGAGCCUGAUGCUAGAGAACGUGGUGAUGUGUUCGCUGAGCUUAGAGCUUGGAAGGAGCAGCACAGCAGGCGUCUCCAGGCCAUAGAGACAGAAAGAUUACCACAGGUCCUGGUCAUUCAGCACAAUGAUAAAGAAGAGGAGGAAGACGAGAAGCACAGUGACAGCCUCUAUACUGCCUCAUCAGAUUCCUCAUUCAUGUCUCUUUCCCCAGACCUGUAUCACAGAGAGGCCUUAUCCCCUGACAUGGCUCAGCUGUCCCUGUCCUCAGACACCACGCUGUCCCCUUCUCCCCCUGUCAGUGCCACAACAGCUUCUGGUAGUCGGAACCUACAAGGGAUUCGUGCACGUAGGCUUCGACUCAGCCAGGCCAAAUCAGAACAUUCAGCUGAUUCCAGCGGAGUAGGGAGCUCCCACAGGACAGGUACAACAGCAGGAGACACAGACCGGACACUCCAGAAGAUCCAGCAUGUGACCAGGACCUGUGUGCCUUUGUUACCCCAGGCUGCACACAUACCUAGCCAGCCACCAACGAAAGCGAUGGGUGAAGGGCUUGUGGAUUCAUGUGCGGACAUGGACUUAUCCAUUCUGCAGUCUGGUGACAAGCACCUUCACACUCCUCAGAUGUCCAAACUCCUGGACAGACCAGUGAUUACUCGUCCACACACAGCCAGGGCAGCGCUACAGAAACAUCACCAGCACCACAUACUCCAGCCCUGCAGAGGGAGCUCACACCCAGAUUGACACCAGAGUGGGCUGAUGUUUGGCUGC